CGUUUACUUGUUUUCCCACGUCUGGUUGGCCCUUUUUUGUCAGUUAAACUGUGAUGCAAACUAAAGCAAACAUAGGUGUGAUUAUUUUGAAUCAUAAAACAAACACACGGUGAUAUUUGAUGAAUUUCUGACUUCUGAGCAUGUUGCCUGCAAUGAGCUGAGUUUUCCCCCAUUGAAUAAGUUCCGUUUGUCCUGAAAAAAAAAGUGCUAUGCUUUCAUACAAAAGUUAAUUUCGAGGAUUUAUUUAUAAGAUGUUGUCACCGGGACUUUUUAAUUAUGAUUAUUUAACAAAAAUGCGAUGAAUUAUUGGGUUAAAUCGCUGCCAAAAAUGUCAAUUCUCCAAACAGCUGGUGGGGGGCCAUGACAUAUGUUGAAAGAUUCGAAGACGCGGGCAGUCAACCCGCAUAUCAAUUGACAAAUUACUGAAAUAAUUUGCGUUUUGAAAUUAUACCGAUAGUUGUUCAUUUUGGUGUCAAAAACACGGUUUUUCGUGAGAGGUUUUGUAAAAUGAUUGGACUACUGUCCUUUGGCAGUGGUUUGUUGUUUAUUGGGAGUUUAUUUGUUGUGUAUUUUCGCUGGUUUAGAAGCGGUUCUCCAGACAAGUUGACAAACGUUUCGUCGAGUUGUGAAAGCGAAGCACCUGAGCAGUAUGGCAAACAACACAGCAACAGGAAAACUAACUUGGAAGCAAAAACGAACGGCGGGAAAGCAUUUGGACACAAGAACGAAGGAGCACAACUGAUACAGAAUGAGGAACCCGAAGGAAACGAAAACUUGAGACAUCGUUUGUCUGCUAAAAAGUCCACGUCCCAAAAUGGACAAGAUCCCGAAGGAGAAACCAAAGCAAAUUCGACCGAAAGCAACGCUUCAGACGAACUGCUAAAUGAUAGUGUUGAAACAAGAAAGGAAAACGAAAUAGCCUGUGAGAAGGAUAUAAAUUUAGGCGACAUUUUGCCAGCCUGUGAAACGAAGGAAGUAAAAAAGCAAGAGCCUGAAAUUAAAAUAAAAACAAAUACACUAAAUGUCGAAGUUUCAGAUAAAGCUCCUGGAAACAGCAGCAUAUCGGAGACAUUUGAAAAUACAGAAGGCAACAAAGAAACAACACAAGUUGUUGAACAAAAAAUUUUACAAGAAAAUGAAGCAGACAGCGUGAAAUAUAUCAACAAUACACAGGAAGAAGCGAAUGUAAACAACGCUAUCGACUCGGUAAAUGAGCCUUUGAUCGGACAGUCAAAUCCUCUUCAAAAGGCUACGAGGCAAGAGAUUUUGAUCGAAGAGCCGCUAGCAAAAGUGAGUGAAGCUGUUUCUAGCGAAGCUGCGGUAGAAGUUCAAGAGGAAAGUAGUUUUUCCUUGGAAGGGCGUGAAUCGAUUGAGGAGCAACGAAAUAUCACAGGUGAUUUAUCAAAUGAUUUGAAUUUGGAGGUCAUUGCUAAUGAGUUUACCAAGCCCCUAGGCGUGGAUGAAAUUAGUAAUUCUCAAGAUAAAAGUGCCUGUGAUGAGAAUUUUGUAGUAGAUCAUGCUGCUAUUGAAGAAAGCGAUGAUUCUAUCAGGGAAAAUGCAGAAAUUUUAGAUGAGAAUCAACAUGUAAAUUUCAUGCCAAGUGAUGAUAUAUCGGACCCACAUGAAGUAAGCCCAGACAAUGUUAUCGAAAUAUUUUCAGACAAACUUUCAAAAUGUAUUAUUGAUGCCGUGUUGCAAGACACACACUUGCUGUAUAGCCAAUCAGAGGAUGAUAGUGACGAGAAUCGUAACAAGGAAUCAAUUUUGAAAUUUUCCGACCUACUUGCGGAGUCAAUAGUUAGGUCGGUGAUCGAUUAUACAAAAGUAAGCCAAGACCAUAUUUCCGAACACGACGAACAUGACCGUUUGAGCCCAAACGUGGCAGAUGUUAGGGAUAAAACUAAUGAAAAUAUUAAUCAGGAUGUCCCUGACGAACCAUCACCUACAAACGAGGAAGAGAUAUUCAGCGCUGAUGAAGCGAACGAUGAUAGCUGUGCUAAUAACUUACAUGACUAUGCCCAAAGAUUAUCCCAACAAAUUUUAUGUGAUGUAUUAGACUUGAAUGGGUACUCCACUCGGAGCACAUCCACAGACGCUUAUGCGUCGCAACUGACCAAAAGUGUGUUAUCUAAUGCUAUAAAUGGGGCAAAGUCUCGGAUUGGUGAUAAUAAUUCAUUAGCAGACUCGGAUAUGGGAAUUGAGAACGCGCUUGAUUUGUUUGUUGCGGAAAUUGUCGGAAACGCUGUUGAAUGCGCAAUUUCGAGGGUUGGAAGGGAGACUCGUAGGGAUAUGGAGGAAUGCAAUGGGAUUGAAGGUGACAUUCAAGAACAACAGGGUGAACAUGGUGAUGAUCAUGUUGAGAAUGAUAUGGAUAGAGAUGUUCAUUUGGGGACGUACAAUGGGCAAGACAUCGGGGAACAUAGUGAGGACUUUGAGGAUAGUGUUGGGAAUAACAUAGGUAAUGAAGGUCAUUUAGGGAUAUCUAAUGGGGAAAUAGACACUCCAGCUGAACAUAUAGACCAUGAGCCUGGAAGAGUGAAUUGUUCAAACACACAACUGGUACAACAAAAUGGCAAACUUCAAAGCAAGUGGUUAAGCGAGGAUGAUUUGGACGAACUAUAUGAUGACGAUUUAUCUGAUGAGGAAGCAGCCGCCCCACAUGAAUCCUCAAACUCAGUCCAGAAUUCUAACGAUGAUAACAAACCUGCAACAAGUGCAAACCAUUUAACAACUCCAAAUGAGGAGAAACAGUUUUGGAGGAAAAGCUUGAUCGAUGAUCUUGACGAUGAAUUGGACUUUGACGAUGAGAUUGAGACUCCUCAGAGUUCCCUAUCGUCAAGUCCGGCAAAAUCUGGGAACUUUGAAGAUUUAAUGGUAGACGGAAGUGGGGAGAGUGAUGAUGAAGUUUUGGAUGCAUCCACCAAUGUGAAAGUUCAAGCACCCAUUGUCAAAGCUACGGAUUCGAGUCGAUCUCGUUUAAGAUCAGGUGAGUAGUGACAUAAGCAUGGUGCAUUGUGGGGGUGGAAACAACACUUAUAUCAUUCUUUCAUUAUUUUAUUCUAGUCGACACUUCACCCAUCCUUGUUCUUGACAAUGGAUCAGCAUUUCUGAAAGUUGGUUUCUCUGACCAGGCUUUGCCAAAGGAGAUUGUUUCCUCGGUUGUUGGAACACCAUUGAGAUAUUCCCAGGAUAUUGCAGGCAUGGAAUACUCGGCUACACCCAGGCCUGGUCUAUGGUGAUAGUGCAAUGGGCAAAGCAGGAGUACUGCACAUUG